UGUAUUCAUAGGAACCGAAUAGACAUGUCUCUUUUUUUCCGCAACAAAUUGACAUCCGUAUUUCUACGCACGCAGCGGAAAAUAUUGAGCUUCUAAGAAUCUAAUGAAUACUAUUGUAUUUCUUUGCACAAACUUGACACUGCUGUAUUCAAUUGAUGCAUUUCAUCGCGUUAAUUUCACAUCUUCGUAUUUUGGUAAUUUGUUCAAAUUGUAAAUUGAAUUACAAACUUAUAAUACUGGAUCAGUAAUGCGCAACCAUUUUCGACUGAAUUAUAUUUUCACAGAACAGAAACAAGGUCAGUGUCCUGUUGCACCAGAUGGAAUAAUUACCACCUGUCUAGUAGAGUGUCAAGGUGACAGUUCCUGUACAGGCGACAAGAAGUGUUGUAGCUUCGGAUGUCAUGUCUCGUGCUCGAAUCCAGUUGCAGAGAGCAAGAGCUGCGAGUAGAACGGACAGAUAUACCGCGAAGGUUAACAAGUGCCAUCCAGUUGCCAUGUGAUGCUGGAUGUUCCUGCCAAGGUGGUCUGGUCCUCUGCGCCGUUUUAUCAUGCCCUCCGCUCCGCUGUGAGAUUUACGAAAACUUUCCCGGCCAGUGCUGUCCAGCCUGUAAAACAAAAGCAAUGCGUGGUGAAUGGCACGACAUACAACGACGUUGCAUUAUGAUGCCAGGGGAGUCUGUCCCCGACAAUGACCCGUGUAAGUUCUGUCGAUGUGACAUGGGCGACGUUGUGUGUGCGAUCGCGGACUGUGCCCCGCCCCCUUGCGAGCACCCAACCUCAAUUCCAGGAAAGUGCUGCCCCGUUUGCAACACAGGAAAAUCGUGCAAUUAUAAGGGAAGCGUCUACCAAGACGGUACACAAUUAUAA